AUGUCCUUAUUUCUGCUUUUAUUUGUUCAUUACUUAAGUAGUCUGGAAGUUAAAGAAAUGGAUUCAUUAUAUUAAUAUUGUUAAUAAUCAAUUAUAUUGUAAGGAAAUACCCAAAUCUCAAGUGCUUUUAGAUAUGGAUUAUGGUCAAAAUAUAAUCCUUUAACAAGCAUUAUUUAAGUUGGAAAUGUAGGUUUAUUUGAUAGUAAUUGUUUCCAUUUGCAUAGUGCAGUUGAAGAAUUAUCCCUAAGUCUUAAUCUAAUAUAUUAUGAUUGCAUAGAUGAUUCUUUAAAGAAAAUCUCUAAAACAAUUGCAUUUAUUGAUAAUAAUGAUAUGCAAAAUUCAUUUACAAUAGAUAUAGAUCCUUUUGAAUAUGAAAAUAUAUGGUAUUUUUUUGAAAUUUUAUAAUGUCCUUUUUAAGAAAGAUUUGAAUUAUUGUUUAUAUAUUAAUAGAAAACAAUUCGUAAGCAAUUGUAAAUUAAACAACCUUUUAAAGAUUAAUAUUUAAAGUUGAUUUUUGGAGGUAGCAUGAUAGUAAAAUAAUCAAAGAUUUAAACAAUCUCUUCAGGUACAAGAUUUUCUUAUUUUCCUGGUAAAUUGAUUAAAGUUGAAUAUGAAUAUAGUGAGAUUUCAAUAGAUGAUGAUCAAGAAGAGUUGGCAAGAAUAGCUUUUGAACCAUUCAAUAUUUGCAAUUGUAAGUUAAAUAAAAUAUUAAGAUUGAAUGAUAAUUCUAUGAAAUAGUUGGAUAAUUUAAUUUUUACUUCAGAGAAUAUUAAUUGCAAUUCAUUCCUAUUAUCUGGAUGGUUGAAAAUUACUGAUAUUAUUUAGAAUUAAGAUGAAUUCAUUUAUCAAUUCCUUAUGCUUUCAUCUAAUUUCUAAAAUUAAUUAUCCAAAAAAUCCUUAUCUCCAUUUACUUUAUCAUACAAAAUUUCUCCAUUAAGCAAUUAAAUAAUUGUUACAACAUAUAGUUAUAUAUUUCCAUCAGUCACAAUUAAUAAUUCUGAUAAUGAUCAUUAAAUAAUUUAAAAAGAAUUUGAUAUUUUAAAUAGUAUAACUCUUUGGUAAAAGUUAACAAUAUAACUUAUUGCUGACUAAUUGAUAAUUAAUAUUAAAUUUUAUGAAGAUUAUAAUAUUUAUGAAUAUAAUACUUAAGAGUAUGUAAAAUAAUUUUCUUGUACUUAAUUUAAACUUUAAUAUGGUAAUAUCUAAUAAUAGAAAAUGAAUUACUUAAAUAUUUUAUUUAGAAACUUUUUAUUUAACAAUUGUGAUACAGAUGAUAUUUAUUAAAGUUGUCAUUAUAGUUGUUAAGAAUGUGAUGGACCAUCAAAGAAUAAUUGCUUAUCAUGUACAAAAUAAAGAAUUUAUUUACAUGAAUACAAAGCAUGUGUUUGUCCAUUUAAUACUAUUGAUUAAGAGUCUUGUAUUUCUUAUUUAGAUUCAGGAUUAGAAUUAUCAAGUGUAAAAAAGAUAAUGACUAAAUGUAAAUAUGGUUAUUUUGAAUAUGAUAAUCUUUGCAUACGUUGGUAAAUUAUAUUUAAUUAAUAUAUUAGUCCUUCUAUUAUUAAUAAUUAAGUGGCCACUUGUUAAGAAUGUUUGUAGAAUCCUAGUAAAUGGAGUAAAGAACCCUAUUGUGAAAAUGAUUUAUUCUUUAAUUAAAAUGGUGAUGUUAAAACUAAUAUAUGGUAUGGUUAUAGUAUUUAUUUUCUUUUUGAUGAGAAUGAUUUGAUUUAUUGUAAAAAAUGCAAUAGCUCAUACUCUUUUAUUGUUGAUGAAUAUGAUAUAAAUAAUGAAAUCACUUUAGAAUAACAAUAUUUUUUAUUUUUAGAUACAUAUCCUGGUUGUUAUUAAAGUUUAAAAAGUAUUUAUGGUUAUUAUUGUAUAUCAUGUUAUCAAUCUUAUUAAUUGAUUGAUGGUAAUUGUACUUUAAUUAAUGGAGAUUCUAAUUAAUUAGAUUGUUUGACUCCAUAUUACCAAACUUUUUAAAGAAAAUGCAAUUUAUGUCCCAUACUUAAUUGUAAGUACUGUUUUGAAUAUUAAACAAAUGAUUUAUCUAAAUGUACUCUUUACAAUGACUUUGAAAAUUUUGACUCAGAUCAAGAAGUCAAAAUUGGAUGUGCAUUAUGUGAAUAAAAUUAUAUUUUUGAUUUUGAUGCUGGAAUCUGUGUAUUUAAUACUCCAAAAAUAUAAAAUUGUUUAAGAUCUUAUAUUUAUCAUGAUUAAGAAGUCUGUACAUUAUCAUAAAUUGAUGAUUUCAAUUUGGCUCCAGAAAUAAUUAAUUGUCAAAAUUAUUAACCAUAUUGUUUAUAAUGUAUUUAAUCUCCAGAAUACAAAAUUAAAUGUAUCAUUUGUCAGAUUGGAUACAUAACUUCUAUUACAACUGGAGGAUGUUAUUUAGCUGAUUAUUAUAAAGGAUGGGGAGUUAAAAUUAUGAUUGAAGGUGUUUAAAUUUUUAAAGAUGGAUGGAUAUAAAGAAUUCAGAGUUUCAUGAUGAAAUUUCUACCCAAUAAUUUUUUUUACUUUCAAGCUAAACUUGAUUAAAUUGUUGAAUAAAUGAUAGUUGAAUGUAUAGAGGGUUAUUAACUUGUCUCUUCUUAUUAAUGUUCUAAAUAUUGUGAUCCUUCAUGUUUGAAUUGCAAAUAUAAUUAUGAUAUAGGUUAUUAUUGUAACAGAUGUCCUUUAAAUUAAUACUAUUAACCUAUUAGAGAUUAAAUAAAUGGCAAAUGUUCUGAAUGCAGCUAACUUUGUUCAGUUUGUUAAAUACGAACAAAUGAUGAAAUAAAUGUAUUUAUUAUUUAUUUAAGUUUCAGAAUUAUCAGCAAAAUUUUAUAAUAAAUGAUUAAAAUUUCAUUUAUACUAAAAAAUGUUUAAAAUAGGUUUAAGAUCCUUAGAUCUAUUUAGAUCCAUAUGAUUAAAUUGCAAAGUAUUGUUUUGAUUAAACAUGCUCAUCAAUGUUUUUAUAUCAAAAAGAAAUUAAUUAUUGCUAUUGGUUUGAUAUUUUGUGGUAAUAAGACAUAAAUAUUGAGUAUUUCAAUAAAUUGGGCAUUGAUAGUUUGAUUAUUUAAUUUAUUUAUACUAGUCUUUAGGAAAUAUGUGUAUUACCUAACUUUUAAAUUGAUAGUUUACUUAAAACAAAAAUCUUUUCACUUAAAUUCAUUCAUUUCAUUUUGAGUUGCAGAAAAGGUAUGAUAUUAUAAAUGACUAAUAUUAUUACUUUGAAUAAUAUUGAUAAAUUGGAAAUUAAUUAAAUUAUUUUUAGAAACAUCUUUACCUUUUAUUUUUACAUUUAAAAUAAUAAUGCAAAGACUGAAUUACAUUUAUUUAAUGUUAGUUUUUUGGAUACUUAAAUAAAAGACACUAAAUCUAUCUUUUAAAGUUAACUAUUUGGUGAUGUGAAAAUGAUAAAUGUUUAAUUAUAGAACAUAGACUUUCAAAAUUCUUCAUUUUUUAAUUUAACAGAUUUCUAUAUUUAAGGAAUUGUAAUUAUAGAAAACUUUACUAUUCGAAAUUGUACUUUUUAUAAUUCAAAUAUCUUUUCAUUUAUUAAUAAUAAAGUUGUUUUAUCUGUUAAACAUCUUCUUAUAGAAGAAUGUUCAUUCAAAAAUUCCUAUAUUUAUGUUAUUGAUUCCAAUAUUUAACAAUUAAGUAAAUUAGAUUUUGAUAAUGUCACAAUUAAGUAGAGCAAUUUUAUAAACUCAAGUCUAUUAAAUUGUAACAAUUAUGUUUCACUUUCCUUAAUUAACUUUUAAUUUCAAUAAAAUACAUUAAUAUCAUCUAAUUUUUUUACUUCUAAUUAUAAUUUAUCAUUUUCAUAUAUUUAAAUCAUAAAAAACUAGUUUUUAGAAUCACAAUUUAUUUUUAUAAUUGAAAAGAAUGAAAAUAUAUCAAUUUUUGUACUUAUAGAUUAAUUUGAGGCUUAAGACAAUUAAUUAUAGAAUUCUAAAUUCUUGAAAGUAUAAACUAAUUAAGAAUCAUGCAAAAUUGAUUUAGUGAUUAGUAAUUUAGUGUUUAAUGAAAUAACAAGUGUUAAUAAUUCAGAUAAUAAAUAAUAUCUCUUUAAAAUUAGAUGUUUUAAAUUAAAGAUUUAAGAUUUAAUUUUUCGUAACCUUAAAAAUAUAUACGUUUUUAACAUAUUUGAAGGUAAUGAUAUAAUAUUUUCAAAUAUAAUUUAUGAAAAUUCUGCAUAAAUUUAUUAACUGCCAUUUUCAUAUUAUUGUCAAAAUAAAAUUAAUGAGAAAAACCAACUAUUAAAAAUAGAGAAUUUCUUUAUUUUAACGAUUAUUUCUGUUUAAAUUAUCAAUUAAUUUACUAUUGAUGAAUCUUUUAUUGAUUUAUAAUAGAAAAAAGAAUUCACUAAUUUUUCAUAAUUAGAAAUUACUAAUCUUAUUUUUAUUGGAAACUUAUAAAUAUUUAAAGAAUCCCCUAGAUCUAUUUCACUUUUAGCUCUAAAUACAGAAUGGAGUAUUGAUGUUAAAGUAAAUAGAAUUAAAUUUUUGGAAAAUUGUUUUCACUCUUUAUCAGAGAGUUUUUUGUAAUCUUAUGCUUCUUUACUUUUCUUAAAUAUGAAAUCAAGUAAUAUUUAAAUCUCUAAUUUUUUGUCUGAAAAAAAUGCAUUUAUAAAUUCAUCUAAUUCUUUUGUAUAUAUCAAUUCAAAAAUUGUAAUUAUAUAAAAUUUGCAAAUUUCUAAUCACAAUGUACUAACUUAUUAAUUAUGGGAAAGGUUUUAUGGUGUAAAAUUGGAUUAAUUCCUUAAUUAAUAACAAAUCAAUCAAUUUGCUUUUUAAACUUUUAAUAUAACAAAUAUAGGAGGAGUAGGUUAAAUAACAACAUCCAUGUUUACUUGUUUAAAUUGCAAAUUUUCUAAUAUUCUAGCAUCUAAGAGUGCCAUUUUUGAAAUUAAUACAGUAGAUUUUGGUAUAAUAAAACUAAUAUAAAUAAUUGCUAAUGAUAUAAUAAGUGAUCUAAAAUAAGUAUCUAAUAGUUCAGGUUGUAUUAGCACUACUCUUAAAAUAGUCUUUUAGAUAUUAAAAUUUAACAAUCGGUGUUUAAGAAUAUAUUUAAUAGAAUGUCUUCAUCUAUUUUAUCAAUAUAACCAUCUAAGAUUUCAAAUAUGAUUAAUUUAACUGAUAUUUAAAUUUAUGAUUGUCUAUCUUUAAUGAAUCAAAUACUUAUAGUGCAAUUCUCAAACAAAAUCAUAGAUAAAAAUAAUUUAGAAAUACGUAAUAUCAUAAUAACAUAAAAUAUGGAUUCAUGGAUAUCAUUAUUUUCUUAAAUAGGAAAUAUAAGCUUUACAGAACUAUUAGAUAUUUCAAGUAGCUAAAAUUCAUUAUUUUAUGCUGAAAGUUGUUCAAUAUUAAUAAUUAAUAUUAGUUUAGAAGGUCUAUAUUUAUCACCAAUUUUGAAUAUUGUAAAUACACCAAAAUUAAUACUCUCAAAACUAUAAAUCAAAUACUUAUAAAGAUUUUUUGCUUUUAAUUUGAUAAUUAUUAAUUAAAUAAUAGAUAUAUAAUCAGAGGUAGUGUUGCAUUAAAUUAAUAUUUUCAAUAGUUCAACAUAUCAAGCAGAUCUUCAAAAGAUAAUAUUAUCAGACUUCAAUUUUCUAUUUAAUUUAUGUGUUGUAGUUGCUAAUUAAACAACAAAAGGAUCAGAGAAUUAACCAUUUUAUUUUUUAGAUGAGAUUCUUAAUACAUUGGAAAAACAUACAUAAAUUUUACCUUCAUUAAUUUAUAUUUAAAGUCUAUCAAAAAAGCAUUCUUUUUAUUUUAAUCAAUUAGAAAUAGUACAAAAUGAUUGUAAACAUUGCAAUAAUGGAUUAAUUUUAUUUAAUUUACUAACUUUCUACAAGAUCAAAAUAUAAGAACUAAAUUGUAAUUUCAAUAUUAUCAAAUAAUAUGGAUGCUUAAAAAUUUUAGAUGAAAAUUAAAAAUCUUUACCAAUUAAAUUAUUAAGCUCCAAUUUUAUUUAAAAUAGUGGAAGUUAAGGUAUUGCAAUAUCAUCAAAUAGCCCAAUCAUUAUUAAAUAUUGUAAUAUUAUAUAAAAUAAAGCUAUCAUAAGAGGAGGAGGCAUUUAUUUACAACUUAAUAGUAAUUAAUUUCACAUUCUAAAUUCGAUUAUUAUUUUGAAUCAAGCAAAAGAAGGUGGAGGAAUAUAUUUAAGUGGAAACAGUAAUUUGAAUUAAAAUAAUUUUAUUAAAACAUAUUUGCUUUUUAAUUAAGCUUAUGAUUAUGCUAAUAAUUUAGUUGAAAGUCCUACACAUUUAUCAUUGAUUAUAAAUUCCUUAGAAAUGCAAGUAGAUAAAUACAAAUCUGAAUAAACUUAAACNUUUAAUAGAAUGUCUUCAUCUAUUUUAUCAAUAUAACCAUCUAAGAUUUCAAAUAUGAUUAAUUUAACUGAUAUUUAAAUUUAUGAUUGUCUAUCUUUAAUGAAUCAAAUACUUAUAGUGCAAUUCUCAAACAAAAUCAUAGAUAAAAAUAAUUUAGAAAUACGUAAUAUCAUAAUAACAUAAAAUAUGGAUUCAUGGAUAUCAUUAUUUUCUUAAAUAGGAAAUAUAAGCUUUACAGAACUAUUAGAUAUUUCAAGUAGCUAAAAUUCAUUAUUUUAUGCUGAAAGUUGUUCAAUAUUAAUAAUUAAUAUUAGUUUAGAAGGUCUAUAUUUAUCACCAAUUUUGAAUAUUGUAAAUACACCAAAAUUAAUACUCUCAAAACUAUAAAUCAAAUACUUAUAAAGAUUUUUUGCUUUUAAUUUGAUAAUUAUUAAUUAAAUAAUAGAUAUAUAAUCAGAGGUAGUGUUGCAUUAAAUUAAUAUUUUCAAUAGUUCAACAUAUCAAGCAGAUCUUCAAAAGAUAAUAUUAUCAGACUUCAAUUUUCUAUUUAAUUUAUGUGUUGUAGUUGCUAAUUAAACAACAAAAGGAUCAGAGAAUUAACCAUUUUAUUUUUUAGAUGAGAUUCUUAAUACAUUGGAAAAACAUACAUAAAUUUUACCUUCAUUAAUUUAUAUUUAAAGUCUAUCAAAAAAGCAUUCUUUUUAUUUUAAUCAAUUAGAAAUAGUACAAAAUGAUUGUAAACAUUGCAAUAAUGGAUUAAUUUUAUUUAAUUUACUAACUUUCUACAAGAUCAAAAUAUAAGAACUAAAUUGUAAUUUCAAUAUUAUCAAAUAAUAUGGAUGCUUAAAAAUUUUAGAUGAAAAUUAAAAAUCUUUACCAAUUAAAUUAUUAAGCUCCAAUUUUAUUUAAAAUAGUGGAAGUUAAGGUAUUGCAAUAUCAUCAAAUAGCCCAAUCAUUAUUAAAUAUUGUAAUAUUAUAUAAAAUAAAGCUAUCAUAAGAGGAGGAGGCAUUUAUUUACAACUUAAUAGUAAUUAAUUUCACAUUCUAAAUUCGAUUAUUAUUUUGAAUCAAGCAAAAGAAGGUGGAGGAAUAUAUUUAAGUGGAAACAGUAAUUUGAAUUAAAAUAAUUUUAUUAAAACAUAUUUGCUUUUUAAUUAAGCUUAUGAUUAUGCUAAUAAUUUAGUUGAAAGUCCUACACAUUUAUCAUUGAUUAUAAAUUCCUUAGAAAUGCAAGUAGAUAAAUACAAAUCUGAAUAAACUUAAACAAAUAUUUUAAGGAUUUUUCCUUAUUUCACUAUAGAAUAAGAAGUUAAAAUAAAAACUUAUUAUUUAAAAAUACCAAGUGGCCGAUCAAUUUAGGAUUUCUAACUUUCUAUUCCUAAAAUAUCAUAGAACUAUAAACAGAUUAAGUCUAUAGAACUGAUAUUUAAAAAUAAUUUAAAUGAAUAACAGAAAAACCUAAAUAAUUCAACUUGCUCUAUAAAUGAAAAUAUUGUGAAAAAGAACGAAGUAAAAAUUGAUGGAAUUAGCCAAAAUUAAUAAUUAUUUUAUAAUCAUGAAAAAAACAAUUUUGAUUUAAGUUCCAUUUCUAUUACAAUAGAUCCAUAUAAUAAAGAUUACAAGUAUUUAGAAAUAAGUAUUAUUUGUUAAACUUAAGAAUAUAAAAAUCCUUUAAAAUAUAUCAUCUAAGCCAAAAGUUAUAAAUGCUAACUUGGAGAAUUCUAUGUUGAUAAUAGAUGUUAAAUAUGUGAAUCAAAUCAAGGAUUUUAUUCUGUAACAUAUGAUUCAAUUAAAUGUUCUAUAUUUGAUAAAGAGAAAUUUUAAGAGAUAACUUCAAAUUAAAUUAAGUUACUAGAAGGUUAUUGGAGACCAAAUUAUUUAUCAGAUUAAUCUACUUUAUGUUUUAAAAGAACAAAAUUUUGCUUAGGAGGUUGGAAUGUUGGAGAUGCAAUUUGUAGUGAAGGACAUGUUGGUGCCUUGUGUGAAGAAUGUGAUAUUUAUAAUGUUAAAGGAAAUGGAAAAUUCAUAAAAAAUUAAUAAAAUUCUGAAUGUUUUCUUUGUUUUGGAAAUCAAAAUAGCAUUAUUCCUUUUAUUUUAAAUACAGCCUGGUAAAUUUAUAAUUAAUUCUAGGGCCAUACUUUCAAUAAUUCUUACUUUAAAAAGUAUUGGAAAAUCAAAUGAUCUAUUCUUAUUAUAUAAAAUAUAAGGAAGUUUUAAUUAAAUCCUUUUUAAAUUAAAUUAAGGUAUACUAUUUAAAUAUUGUAGAUCUUGAAGGUAUUCUAAUAAAAAUGCUUAUAAAUUAUUUAUGGAUCUUUUCAGUGAUAUUCACAUUAAAUAUUAGCUUUUCUUUUUAGUUCAAUUUUGUUGAUUAAGCCAGUAAUUAAUCUUAUUCAAUGGCUAAUAAUUUAGAUUGUUAUUUAUCUGAAAUAGUAGAUAUUUAAUUAAUAUAUUCAAAAAUUAUACUCAUUUUGAUAUUGAUUUUAAUGCAAUUUAUGAUUAUAAUUUUUGGAUUGGUUAUAUUUUCAAUUCUCAUUAAAUCAAAAUUUAAAUUAAAUUAAAUAUCAAAUACUUUACUUUGUUUAUAUAUAUUUAAUUAUGCAGGAUUUAUCAAAAUGUAAACUAUUUAUAUUAAAUUAGGUUAUGCUCUUUGGUUUCAUAUAGAGAAAUAUCUACAUUUUAAUAUAUAUCAGGAGAUUUAACAUUAAAAUUUAAUACAGAAACUCAUCAUUAAUGGAUUGUUUAUUUAGUUCUUCCUGGAUUAAUUAUUUUUGGCUGUUUGAUUCCUCUAUCAUUAUUUUUAUUAAUGUAUUUUCAUAGAAAUGGAUUGGAUAAUUAUAUCUUUAGACCUCACAUAUGUUAUCUUUAUAAUGAAUAUGAAAAAGAGAGUUAUUAUUGGGAAUAAAUAAAAUUGAGUAAAAGAGCUAUCAUGAUACUAAUUUUGACAUAUUUUGAGACAAAAAUACAUUUGAAAGCAUCCUUAAUUGGAUUGAGUCUGAUUAUUUAUCAAUUAUUAGCAAUUAAGAAAAAGCCUUACAUGAUUACAAAAUUUAAUAAGUUUGAUUUGUAAACAGGUUAAAUUUGUUCAGUAUCAAUAUUUUUGUCUGCUAUAAAAUAUGAGAGUGAAUAAUUAAAUAAUAUAGUUAUAUCCCUAGCUCUUUAAAUUUGUUUAAUGGUAUUGUUUUUAAUGAUUACAUUUCCAUUUAUUGAUAGCAUAGUAAAGAUAUAUUACAAAAAAUAUAAACUAUUCAUUUUGAAAUAUUUAUAUUCAAUUUUCAAAUACUUCAGAUUGUAAUAUGUAUCAAAAAAAUUCGAAGUAAUAUUGUAGUAAAAAUAUAAAAAAGAAUAAAGAAUCAAAGAUAAUUUCUUAAAAUUAAGAAGAUUCCUUAUGAUUGUUUCAAAAAUAUAAAUUAAAAAUAGACCGUAUCUAUUUAAAAUAUAUUUAGUGCUAUUCAAACCACUAUUAAUUCAAUCCAUAAUUAUCAACAAAAAUUACUAAGCACAGAUAUACAAGGCUAGUCGAUGUUAUUAACUGGAUAAAGAUUGGAGUGA